CGUAGGAAGAUUAACUCAGUGCGUGGGGCGAAACCACCAACUGACCAAGUGGCAGUUUCAUUCAAGAUGGCUAGUGUAACACUCGUGUUUUUUGCUUUGUCUUGCUCAUUGGCUUCAUUACAAGCCGAGAGUGAUGGCUUAAACUCAGUUUUAUUUUCUGGGAAUUAUGAAUUCAUAGACAUGACCCAUCCUUUUGAUAACCGUACGGUAUAUUGGCCGGGAACAGAACCAUUUAAAUUUACUAAACAAAAGGAGGAAUUCGACAAAGACAACUCGUGGUACGCAGCAUAUGAGUUUUCUGCAGGAGAGCACGGUGGUACCCACCUCGAUGCGCCUUACCAUUUCUCCAAUACUGGCAAACGAGUUGGUGACUUCCCUAUUGAUAAACUCAUUCUUCCUCUUCUGGUUGUCGAUAUCAGUGAAAAAGUCAACGGCAAUUCUGACUUUGUUUUGACUAAAAAUGACCUAGAUCUUAAUUGGCUAAACAGCAACACGGGGAAACCUUGCUUGUUAGUGUUUAACUUUGGCUGGAGCAAAUAUUUCAAUGAUCGUCAGAAAUAUUUGGGCUAUGACGAGGUAACAAAGACUAUGAGAUUCCCCGGUUUGAGUACAGAAGUAGCUGAACUGAUUACGUCUACAUACAAAAAUAUAGUUGGUAUUGGAACCGACGUGUCUUCUGUCGACCCAGGCGCAACACCCGAUUUUGCUGUGCAUAAACAAUUUUCGAAAGCAGGAUUGUACAACAUAGAAAACGUCAACUUCGAAAAGAAAGUUCCUGCUACCAAAUGUACAGCUUUGGCUCUUCCAAUGAAAAUCGGGAUGGGCACAGGUGCACCACUGCGCCUUGUUGCAAUCUGUCCCCAAGAAGCAGCCGCAUAAUUCUAUGGAGCUUUUUAUAUAUACUAAAUGAAAGCUCGUAUUGAUGAAAUAAAAAAACAUGUAUGCGA